CCUCACCCCUGUCCCAGUGUCCUGGGCAGGUCUCUGACUUUCCGCUUUUCUCCAAGGCAAGUCUGUUCGUCUCACAGCUGGACAGUAGGCACCUCUCUAUUACUCUUUCCCUAUCCUCUGUGCUUUGGGUGCCAAGGCUGAAUGAGUGUGUGGACCAAUUCCUUUCACAGGUAGCGGCUCUGAAGUUUUCUUAGUAAAGGUUUUCUGAGCCAAAAGACUUGGAAUGCAUUCUGUGGGUUCUCAGCCACUCCCUGCUGAGAUGACUCUGUAGACCCCUGCACAUUUGCGCUCCAGGCUCUUCCCCCUUCCAGCUGACAUUUAUUUCCUUGGCCCUCACUAUACCAGCAAUUGUUGGGACCCAACAUAGUCACUUUUUCUGGGGUUCACCUGGCUAUUUCUAUGAUACCCCCCCUCAAAGAUUUUUUAUGUGAUAGUGUCUGUUUCCUGAGAUUAUUUUGGAAUUGAUUGCCCCCGUGGGCCAGUACUGACCACUCACCUGUCCUGUCUUUCCCUUAGGACUUGCAUCGUCUAGGUCCCAUGUUAUUGUCCCGCUGGAGCUGGGAGGAGAACCCUGGGUACAGGACAGAGUGGACAUGACUCCAGGCACAGCAAGAGGGGCUCAGAGUGGGCCUGGCCUUGGUGAUUGGCAUCAGGGGGAGGAAGUGAUGUCAUGGCUGGAUUCAGACCAUAUCAGGAAUGUGUCCUGUGCCCAACACUAUUUUGGUGCCAAGGCCAGUGACUGUGAACCUCAUUACUCUCUCUCCUCCCCACUCCUGACACUUUGCUCUUUCCGUCAUACCUACUCUGACUUUGCGCCCAGGAUUAUCCCUCACCUCUCUGCCUUCCACUCCUCGGUGGUGCUCUCCAUUCUCACCUCUCUGCUUUUCAAUAUUGGCCUACACCUAAUGUGUCAUGAGGCCUGCACUUAUCCUCAAAAUGGUCCUUGAACACCAGCUACUCAGUGACAAUUGGAUUUUCCUGGGUCUGGAUACAGCUUUGCACACAGCACACACGUGUCCCCAGCAGCCAAGGCCCCGGUGAAAACCGUUUCCGGAGGAGUGAGUUGUGUUCUGCACCCCAUCCUUGUGUCUUUUGCCUGGUUGUUGGCAGAGAGCAGAGAUAAAGGAGAAAACUUCUGAGCACAAUGCUUCUGUAGAAGUGCCACAGAUAAUUACUUCAAAGACAGACCUGUCCAUCCAGAAGGCCUAUCCCUGGGAGAUGGGUAACCUGGAUGUAGAAGGUGGUCCGCGUCUACCUGAGGACCUGGGAGUGAACCCUGUCCAGACACUGUGUAGGGCAGGUGUGAAAUUUCAGCAGCACAGUGGAGAGAAACUCUUUAGGAGAGACAUGGGUAAGGCCUUUAUGAACAGUCGUACCAUUCAUGCAACCAAGAAGUCUUUCCCAUGCCAGGAGCCUGGGAAGGAUUUCCCUGGUGGCUCUGCUCUUCUCCAGCACCAGGUCACUCCACAAGAGGUCACCGAGUGUGUGGAGGCCUCUCACAAUGGACUGAGGCACUAUAAGUGCAGUGAAUGUGGGAAAACCUUCUGCCGCAAGUACAGACUUGCGCAGCACCAGAGAGUCCACACUGGCGAAAGGCCUUAUGAAUGCAGUGAGUGUGGGAAAACCUUCAGCUAUAAACACAUACUUGUUCAGCACCAGAGAGUCCACACUGGAGAAAGGCCUUAUAAGUGCAGGGAAUGUGGGAAAGCUUUUAGCAACAAACCCACACUUGUUCGGCACCAGCGAAUUCACACUGGAGAAAAGCCUUAUGAGUGUAGUGAGUGUGGGAAAUUCUUUAGCCAAAGCUCCAGCCUUAGUGAACAUCAGAGAAUUCACACUGGAUCACGGCCUUAUAAAUGCAAUGAAUGUGGAAAAUUCUUUACAUCGAACUCCAAUUUAAUUAAACACAGGCGGGUUCACACAGGCACAAGGCCUUAUGAGUGCAGUGAAUGUGGGAAAUUUUUUAACCAAAGUCCCAGCCUCAUUAAACAUCAGAGAAUCCACACUGGCGAAAGGCCAUAUGAAUGUAGUGAAUGUGGAAAAGUUUUUAGCCAAAGCUCUACUCUCAUCAAGCACCAGAGAGUUCACACUGGAGCAAGGCCUUAUAAAUGCACUGAAUGUGGAAAACUUUUUAGCCAAAGCUUUGGCCUCACUCAACACCAGAGAAUUCAUACUGGAGAAAGACUAUACAAGUGCACUGAAUGUGAAGAAUUCUUUAGCCAGAGCACCCAGCUUACUCAACACCGAAGAAUUCACACCAGAGCAGGGCCUCUCAAGUGCAGCAAAUGUGGAAAAGUCUUUAGUCAAAGGUCUACUCUGAUUGAGCACCAGAAACAUCACAGCCCAGACAGACCCUAUGAGUGCAGUGAGUGUAAGAAAGCUUUCAGCCGAAGGUCUAACCUUCUUCGCCACCAGAAAGUUCACACUGGACAAAGACCUUCUAAUGAGAUGAGCAGAGAAGCAAAUAAUGAACGGUCUCCUUAGCUAACACAUCUUACCGAACAGGCUCUGUGAGGGACUCAUCAACUGGAAGUUGAAUGCCACCAUCUGCACAGCCCUAGUGUGGAGAUUAACUGUGGGCACCCGGUUCAUUGGAAGCUUUUAAGAAGCUAUGCUGUACUUUCUAAUGUGCCCAUGGCCUUUCCAGACUUCAUGUCACUGUGAGUUUCUGUGGUAAAAAUCAUCUUACUUCUACCAACUGGUGGUCACUUCAGUGUGAUCAGAGUUGGUAGACUUUUGUGCUCCUUCUUCUAUGGAGGAAAGCUUAAGUAGCCUGAGCACUUGGAUGUUAUUCUCUUAUUUCUAACUGACUAGAACAUUGGCUUAACCAUCUUUGACCAAGGUGACCCAGUCUGCCUUCUGCUGGUGGCUUGUUUACUGUCUUCAGUGGCAUUGUUUCAUGUCAUGCUCAAAAUGGGUUUUUCCAGCUGUGUGUCACCUGUUUGGGAACUCUGUAUUCCUCAGUGAGGACAGUAUCAUGGCAGAGAGUAGUUUUCAUUGCAGUUUUGGUCUAAUUUGCAUUGUUGUCCAAGGCCUCCUGGGGUAGACUACAGGGCUUUCUUGUGACCUGAAUGUCAUAAUUUUUGGUUUCAGAGGUCACCUGAGAUGAGGGCAGCCGUGAGAACCACCAGUGAUUUUUAGAACAGCAUGAAUGUUCUCUUUUCACACGGGAUGUCCCAUCAUCCCCCCAGCACUGUUCAAGGGAAGAAGUUCUCUAGGUCCAGCUGGAACAGAGCCACGUACCAUAAUGUCCACAGCAUGGCAGGCUGGUGUUGCUGUUAGAUUACAGACACUGAGCAGGGACCAUACUUGGUACAGAAGACACUCGGGGAAUUAAUAGGUCCCGAGAGACUAGCAGAGAAGAAGGAAUGGGCCUUUUCUAAAGUUUCAUCCACAAAUGUGACUGGUUGUUUAGAUUUUUAAAAGAAAUUCUCGGGAUCUACAGAGUUACUUUGUCCUGAGCUUCCAGUCAGAGUCAGACUGAAUAAUGUAAAGGUUUUAGGAUCCUCAUAGCAUCUGCAAAUUGUUUUAUCUCAAGGCCAUUGCUGCAAAAAAAAAAAAGGGAGAGUAGAAUCCUGUAGUCCAGGUAUAUGAUUUUUUUUUAGGACCCAGGCAGAGUUCCUGGAGAACUCAAGUGGAAACACCUUCCAUUGCUCAUCUGCUUUCAUUACUACUGGGACCCAACCCCUUGCAUGAGACAUGGAGAGGUGAUGUAGUUAAUGUGUUGGUUUCCAGAGUUCUACUGUUCUAAAAAGGAGAUUUGGAUUUUUAUGUGAAGCCAGUUUUUAUUUAAACUUAAUUGAGCUGUACAGUUGAUAUGCCGUGGACUGAAUAGACUUAAAAUGUAUAGCUUGGUAACUUUUACUAUGUGUAAAAUCACAGAACCACCAUAAUAACAAACAUCCAUUACUCCCACAUCUACCUUCUGAAAUCUCCCUGGGCUCCCAGGCAACUGGGAUUCAAUUUCUUUAUUUCACAUUCUAUUAGUUAAUGUUUUCUAGAACUUGAAUGUCAUUGGAAUGUUAAUGUGUUUACUCUUGUAUUUGCCUUUUUCUUUCAUGGUACAUAAUUAUCUUGAGAAUUAUCCAUAUUGCAGAUAUGAAUGGUUGUGUUUUUGUUUGUUUUUGCCAUGCCACAAGGUUUUGGGAUCUUAGUUCCCCAAGCAGGGAUUGAACCCAGGCCCUCAGUGGUGAAAGCACAGAGACCACUGGGGAAUUACCUGAUGGUUAAUUUUUUUAAUUCCUGAAAAAUACACUGUUUGGACACACUACCUGUGGACUGUUUAUCCAUUUAUCUGUGAAUGGAUGAAUGGGAUUUUGUGCUUUGUUUCCAGCUUGGCUAUCACAGAAAGUUUACUGUGAACAUGUACAUAAAUUUUCUUAAAUGAAUAUAUGGUUUCAUAUUCUAAAGUGAAUGACUACCCUUUUGCAUUCCCCAUCAACAGUACUGGGAGCAUUCCAACUCCCUUAUAUUCCUCACCUGUACUUGUUUGGUAUGGUCAGCAUAUUAAAUAUUACCUAUUUUCAAAGUGUGUAGUUACCUCACUAUUGCCUGAUGGUCUGUCUGGUUGAACAUUUUUAAUGUGUUCACUUGCCAAAUGCAUGUCUUUGAUAAAAUGUUCAUAAUAGUUAUUUACCAUUUGGUACUGAAUUUUGGCUGAUAUUUCCUUUUUUAUGAAUAACUAAGAAGACAAUAAAAGAAAUGUGUUAGAA